ACCGUAAAAUUAUUCGUCAACAGGAGUUAUCGGCCGCACGUGCGUGUAAUAACGGUGUAUGAGGGAUUUUACAGACGUCACAAAUGGAUAGAAAUUCAAGGGACAUCUGUGUGAAGUAUGAAGAAAGACCAGGCCUCUUUCAUAUAUCUCUAAACGCGUCACAAUUUCCUCAAUCCCAACAAUUGACGCAUAGGAUCGAAGUUAUGAAGAAGCUCAUUCAGGAUUUCCCAGACGGAUUCACACGUCAAGCUGCUCGAAACUUGUUAGGAGUUUUGUAUUUCUACAAUAGUCAAUUCUCUAAAGCUGUGCACAUUUUCAACGAAAUUCUAAAGAGUGAUCCAAAUUCUUUAACUGCCACUGCAAACCUAGCAUUUGUGUAUCAGAGAAUGAAACAAAAUUCCAAGGCUUCGGAAUAUUCAAUUCAAAACGCAGCAGACGACACUGGAAGACAAGGUAUAGCUUUGGCAGAGCAGGGAUUUGCAUUCAUUUUUGAUUGCCAUGUUGAGAAGGAUGUAAUCGAAAGGAAUAAUUUACCAAUGGAACUUCUCGUUAAAAGUCUGACAAAAUUGAAAAAAAGUGAGCGACCACAAGAUGUUAUGGAGAUUCAGUAUUGGCUUGGCCAGACGUACUACCGCCUUUUUACACAAUGCCCAAGGCGCAAAGGGAUGGAAAAUAUUGCAAAUGAGUUUUACACUAAAGGUGUUGAAGCAUUAGUAGAAGUCACUAAAUUGCAUGACAAGAUAGAACAGUGUACAAGUAAAGAAUUUUUACCCCAAGCAUGGGCCUUUCUGGGUCUUUUCCUAUCAAAAAGAGGAGUCAUAAAGGAUGGUACUGGAAAAUGUGUAGAAAAAACCAUUGAGCAAAUGGAUGAUGCCAUCAAAAACUGUUUAAAGGAACUAGAACUGUAUCAAUAUUUAGAAAAUCCCGAACAAUGUUUCAGUAAAGGACUGGAAUAUAGCAGGGGUUCUGAUCUUGUAGACAAUACAGAAACUGAACCAUCCACGGAACUAUUAAAUCGGUACGCCAUAUUCCUCAAAUCAAAUCAGAAAUACAAAGAGGCUUUGUCAAAACUUAACCAAUCUUUGGACAUUGAUAAUGGACAAGGAAAUUGGUUUUCUUGGAUUUUAAGAGCUGAUGUUUUAUUCAAAUUAGACAAAGUUGAUGAGGCAAUUGAGGACUGGGAGAAAGCUUGUUCAUGGCAUGCGACUCCAAAAGACCUUUGUGAAUUGGCCAAAGCUUAUCAAGUAAAAUACAAAUCAUGCAAGGACACAGAUAAAAUUAAGGCAGAAGAAUAUCUUUUGAAUGCUUCCAAUUACUUUGUACGAGCAGUUCAGUGCCUUGGUCAGGAAAAAAGACCAGAAAUAUAUCGUGCACAUGGAAGAUUCUUACGUGAAAUAGGAGAGGUCAGAGAAGCUAUCGAAAGUUUUAAGAGAGCGAUGGAAGUCGAUACCGCUAACAAGGCAACGGUAAGUUUUUGUCAAUUGUUUGAAACUCUUCUUCAGUUCUACAAAAAAUGUGUUGAAUCAGAUGAUAAAAGUCAAGGAGAAGUAGACAAAUUACUGCAUGAAAUGGCCUACUUCUAUGACGUGGCAACACGAAAACAUGGACAGUUGACAAAUGAGACAAAAAAGUUUAUUAAGGAUUUUGAAGGAGAAAUGACCAUGUUGACUGCUUAUUUUAAGCAUCACAGGAAUGAUUCAUCUUUCCAUAUUAAUGGGAAAAGUAUUGACGAACUGAUCACAUCAAUGGUAGAAACUGAAAAUGUUGAAAAAUGGAAUGGCAUGGUGGAGAAAAAUGUUAUAUGUUUUCAGAAUCGAGAGGAAAUGAAGAAAAGUGAAAACACCAAGGAAGUAAACCUCUGCCCGAAAUGCAAGAUGCAGGUCGGAUAUACGCGACAACUGUCAGCUUUUCCCAUACCUCCUGAUAAACCUCGAAGUUUGCGAUAUCCUUACGACUUCUACGUGAUAUUUUCUCCACCAGACAGAGACUGGGUUUGUCACGUGUUAUUGCAAACACUUGAAGUGUCGUAUGGAUAUAAAGGGGCAGUGGCAGAGAGAGACACAAUGCCUGGUACCAAGGAGGUUUUUGAACGUGUAUCCUUUAUUCAGAAUUGUCCGAAAAUACUUGUCAUUCUACGUCAAGAGUUUGAAAAUUACCCAGAAUGCAGCUAUGAAUUGGCUCACGCUGUCCACAGAAUGACAGAUGGAAAAUAUGAAAAUCUUGUGAUCCCAAUUUGUCGUACUGUCAACGGAAUGCACCAGAGCCUCAAAACUAUAACAUACCUAGAUGCUGUGGGUGAUUGUGAUUGGAAUAAACUCAUCAAGGCAUUGGAAUUGAAUUGAUUUGUUAUUUAUUUCAGAGCCUCAAAACUAUAACAUACCUAGAUGCUGUGGGUGAUUGUGAUUGGAAUAAACUCAUCAAGGCAUUGGAAUUGAAUUGAUUUGUUAUUUAUUUCAGAGAAAGGACCUUCGUCGUUGUGUCAUAGUACACUGUAGGUUAGAAAUGGAAUAUUUGAUUAUAUUUAAAGAGAAUGUACAUAUGCGUGAAAAUGUGGCUUAAAAGCCCAUGUGUUUUGCAUUUCUAUAUUUUAAUGUUGAUGCAUGAAUACACUGUAUGUUGAAGGGCAUUGCAAAGACAAAUUUAAAUCUGCUUACAGCAUAUAAAGUUUUACACUAUUAUGCUAAAAACUUGUACAUGUAUUCGUACAAAUUAUAUUUUUUACACUCUAUAUAUUAUAUUAUGAACUGACAUUAGCGUAGAUUUGGGCUUUCUAUGUUCGAAUUUCGGUAUUCAACGUACCUGUGAAUACGAUGGCGUUGUGCGGGGGAUGGCGUUAUAAUGGGGUUUUACAUAGUGAGGAAAACGGGGAUUAUAGCGGGGGAUCACUGUAUAAUAUUUUUCGCACUUGGCAUCAAAAUGUUAGAGAUAAUAGGAGAAAUUCAACUGUUCUCUCUUCAAAGAUGAACAGCGGAUUCAGUUUAUUUUCUGAUUAAUGAUCUGUCCGUUGUUUUUGUUUUAAAACAUUUGCAACUUCUCAAACAAACUAGGCACAAAAGUGAAAGAGAUUGAAGUUUCUUCCAGGGGAAGAUUAUUAAGAAGUAGUAACAUGUAGUGUGUAGUGUUUCAAAAAGUUCCCGAGAACUAAUGGACCAUAAUAACAGAUGCUUCAUGUCUAAUAAAGAUUGAAGUUUGUCAGACUAUAAUCCCUGGAGCUAGGAUGGGGUCACUAUUAGGAUUUAAUGAUAUGUGUAGGAUUGGUUGUAUAUGGUUUAAUGUCUCGCUCGAGAAUUUUUAACCUUUAUGGAGACUUCACUAUUGCCGGUGAAGGGCUGGAAAAUUUAGGCCUGUGCACGGCCCUUAUGGCCAUUAAUGGAGGGAUCUUUAUCGUGCCACACCUGCUGUAACAGGACCUCGGUUUUUGCGGUUCCAUCGGAAAGACCGCCCCAUUUAGUCACCUAUUACGACAAGCAAGGAGUUUGAGGGCUUAUUCUAACCCGGAUCCCACGGGACGAUAUGUUUAGGAAAAUUCUUCAAAGAAAUCUUAAUCUUAACAAGAGCCACAAGGGUGUAUUUUGUCAAAUUGAUAUGAAGGCAUCCUCAUGUGUGCAGAUUCAAGAUUGUUCACACCAUGAACGCUGGGGGCCAGUAACGGUUCAAAGCCCUAUCCCCUUGAUUCCAGAUAUAUAGCCAAUGUUAAAGGUUUUGAAAACUACACUGUAGGUUAAAGUCCAAGAUCACUAGGUCAGAGGUUUAAACCUGAAGUUAUGUCACUUGCAUUAACUACUCUUUGAAUCUUUUACAGUAGGAAUAAUUUAUGCCAUUCAUGCUGACAAUGGGUAACUCGUGCCGCUAUUGAGGUUUUGUUGUUGUUUGGUUUUUUUGUUGUUGUUGGGUUUUGUUUUUGUUUUUAUACAUACAAUGUUAUUGUAUAAUGAUAAGGUUUGCAACCAAAGUCUUAAAAUCUGCCAACGUGUUGAAAUUCUUUUUGGCAUCUUGUACUCUUGAAAUUAAUCUGUUUGCGCAACUUUUUAUAUUUUCUUUAUUCUUUUGCUCUCGGGGGAUAUUGCAACAAACCCGGGUCCAUUUGGUGUAAAUUCUCUAGAUAUCUUGCACCUCAACAUUAGAUUGAAAUAAGAUUGAUUCCUUGCUGUAAUUAGUUCAGGAUUUUGACAUUCCAUGUUUUAGUGAAACCCAUUUUGACCCAUCGUUAAUUGUAGUUUUGCCUUUCAGACUUCGAAAAAACUGAACUCUUGAACAAUUACUUUUCAUCCAUCAUCAUUUUAGAUGACAGUAAUAAAAAUUACCAAACAUAGGAUAAAAAUACAACGAUUUCUUUGCAGACAUAAACGUACAAGAACAAGAAAUUAUAGAAAUCAUUUCUGUAAUUCCUGAAAAUAAGCUAUAGGUCCAGGUUGCAUCAGUCACAAAUGCUAUAUUCCUUUAAGGAGGUACUCUACAUCGUCAUAAUGGCCGACUUCCUUUAAAAACAUUGAGGAAAAUAUCAAUAUCAGCAAUAUUUGACUUUUCCUUUUCAAUUUACAUACCUAGCUGAGUAGCUCAGUAGGUUAACAUACCGACUACUGAACUGUAAGUCACAGGUUCGAGUCCAGCAGGUGUUUUAAUUCCCCCCCCCCCCCCCCCCAGAUUAUCUUCUACUAAAACUGUAUUUUUUUGACAAAAUGAAGUAAAUUUGAAAAAUUUCAACUUCAAAAUAUUGUUGUACUUAUCCUCCACUUUUCAUCUACAUCAAAUUUCUAGUGUAGCAUACCUCCUUUAAGGACACCAUUUCAAAGCCACUAUGCAAAUCAUUUAACACAUCAAUUUUAUUGAAAACCUUUCCAGACUAUUGGAAAUUAGCAUGCCAUUCCAGGUUGACUCUUCUGUUAUUUCCAAAUUACAGACUAGUGUCUUUGUUGAGUAAAAUAUUUGAAAUAAUCACUGUUAAACUUGUACAAAAAUCAUUCUACAAUGUAUCAGCUUUAGAAACAUAUCAUUCUAUCAUAGAAAGUGUUGACAGUGGUAAAUACUACUGAAUAAUCUUUUGUGAUUUAUGUAAACCAUUUGAUCUGGUGUAAGGGUCUAAUCCACAAACAUCAAAUGUAUGGCAUCAAUGGACCCAAUAUCUAGAAUUAUUUUGUAGUUAUUUAAGUAACAAUACAGAAAGUAAUGCAUAGAAAUUUGUUUUCUUGUAUGAGAAAUCUAAAAGUUAGAGUUCCUCAGGGCUCAGUUCUUAGACCCUAUUUGUUUUUGUUGUGAUAACAUGAUAUUAUACCGGUAUUCUGAUUGUAAAAUUCAUUAAAGCAGUGUUCAGAUUAUAUCUUUCUUAUUGAGCAAAUCUUUUAUUAAUAUAUCUUAGAAUACUAGAUGAAUUGUUAAAGAAAUGGAUAUUGACAGAAGUAAAAUCUAAUGCUGUACCUUUCCCAGGCUUACAUAUGGGGAAAGAUUUUUUAAAUAUAUUUCACACAAGGUUGAGACACAGCUCUGUUUUAGACUGUGAUUUAUUUCUUUAUAACCUAAUAGACAAUCUAGAUUGUUCAUGUGAUCGAUUAGAAAAUGCCUGUCAUUUGUUUUUGUGUGUAAGAAAUAUAUAUAUGUAUACAAGAGCAAGAUACUGUUAGUAGUUUACGUUAUAGGUCAUCGUCGCAAGCCACGCCUAUUGUCUCCGUUUACACUACGUCAAAUGCCGUGACUGUAUGAUAAAAGAAAAUCCUCGACUUCAUGAAUAUUCAUGUUCAUUAGUCAACCAAUCGGUGAGCUUCAAUGAUAUUUUUUUGGUUGAAAGAAAACCAUUCGGAGGUCAUUGGGUGCUCGUAGCGGAAUAAUCCGAGGAUUGCCGAUUGAGAACAAACUGGCCACUUUUUAGCUGUUGUAACUAAUGGAUGCUUCUUUGUUGAUUUCACCGAUGUAAUAAAUUUACCAUAUACACUGUAAUAUGUGUAACCACGCCGCUCUCUUUCGAUAAUUGUCCGAUCAACUGUAGUCUUCUAGAUUUCAACACAUCCACUUUAAUGUGGAUUUCAUUGAAUAAAUACUUUUAAACUUUAUUGCUUCUGUAAACGGGAAUCUUGCCUUUUCUGUUCGUUAUUACUCGUAAAGAAAUACUGCACGUUUUAGUUAAAAUAUCGGAAAUCUGUGAUUGGCAAAAACAAAUAUUGUGUCAUUUCAUAAAUAUUUAUAAAAAUCGAGGGUUUCGCUGAUCAUGCAGCCACGAUUUGAGAUCGGGUAAGUACUACCGGACUCAGUAACCGUGGCGACGAUGGUCAUAGACGUGCAUUUGAUGCUAUGGGGGAACGAGUCUCUUUCUGAUGUACAAAAUUUAGAACUUUUCAAGGUUAAUUACUUUUUUAAAACGAAUGUGACCGUUUAUAAACGAAAAUUGAUGACGUACGUUUUGUCUAUUAUAUAAAAUAUGAACCUCAUUUUUCCAUAAGAGUUUUUAAAAAGUAUAAUUUAUAUACUGAACAGAGUUUAUAUUGAUUUGUUGUAGGUUAUUCAUAUUGUAUGACAAUCCUUUAUUAUUGUAUCUGGAGAAGGCUAUCUAAGGUUUUGUAUGACAAUCCUGUAUUAUUGUAUCUGGAGAAGGCUAUCUAAGGUUUUGAACUUGUGCCUAAUCAUUCUGAUGUUUUGUCAAUAAAAUAUCAUGUUAAACCUUA